AUGGACUUUCUUGAAGAUAAUGGUAGUGAUGAGCUGAAAGAUGAAAGUGAUACCACAGAGAAUGCAGCCGUUUGGUGUGACCAAUGUGGCGUUCACAACAUUGGGGGCUGCUUCAUUCAUGGAGGCAACAUGACUGUUGCCCCAGACAAUGUCAUGACCACACGAGCCUGUAUUUCUCUUCCAAAGAUUCUUACUCUGAAACGUGUCCGAAGGUCUGAACCAUGCUCACUGGAAGCCAAGAGAGGUGUGUUCUCCAAGAAGUUUAUAAAGUUGCGUACUUUAUUUGGACCAAUGGAAGCAAAACGCACACAGACCAAACCUAAACUACAAACUGGCAUGAUGGAAUACCAGUUGCAGGGUGGUGACCAGGGCUGUGAAUAUCUCGAUAUCUCCGAUGAAAACAGCUGCAACUGGAUGAUGUUUGUCAGGCCUGCUAAUGUAUUCGCCCAGCAGAACAUGGCAGCCUUUCAAGACAAAGGCAACAUCUACUUCGUGACAUGCAAGGACAUUCCAAAGGGAGCCGAACUGAGAGUGUGGUAUGCUGCAGCCUAUGCUAAAGCUAUGGGUAAACGUAUCCUGCCACCGGACCCAACAGACAGGAAGUCUCUUAUGUCCACUGGAGAAAUCAAUGGCAACUCACUGCAGUGUGCUUCUGAUCAUCUAGAGGCUGUGAGGAAUUCUACAGAGCCAUGUAAUGUUAAAAACACAGCAGAACAGCAUACAUUUAAAGCUGUAUCCUCACAAAAGAAAUCUGCAGCAGCUGUACCAUCUGUGUUGAAAAAGAGAACACGCAGUGUUCGUGCCAAGAAGGAUAACUAUGCUUUAUUUUCUUGCAACACAUGCGGUACUGCAUUUUCUUCCCUUAGUCAGCUUGAUUCACAUGUCUGCAAGGAGCUGGGGGAAGGAGAAGAUGAUAUUUCAGGGCCUGGCACAAGGCGAAGAAAGGGAAAGCCCCGCAAGUUGUUGGAGAGUGAGGAAGGUUCUCCAAAGGAAAAGUUAACAAAAGUUGAUCUACAGAAACAAGAAAUAUGUACACAAAUAAGCACUGUUAAUAUUCCACAUGAAGACAUCAUUUGUUCUUCAAACGCGGAUGGCUCUUCUACAGAAAGUACCGCACUUUUUGAUGAUAUAAAAGGAAAUAGCACCCUACUGCCGCCGUCAGCCCUCAUUCCAACAACCACAGAGUUCUCUGGUGAUGACGGAGAGAACCAGCCUUCAGGAAUUAAACGAGGGUCAGGACGUCAAAAAAACAGUAAAAACAAAAACCUUGAAUCCAAGCAAAUAAAAUCGCAGGUUGAAAAAACACCACAAAUGAAGCGGCAGUUUUACCCUUGCCAGUACUGCGAGAAGUCGUUCUCUAGACAGGAACAGCGUUGGGUCCAUGAGAGUACACACACAAACAUGCUUCCCUUCCUGUGUUCACACUCAGACUGUUACAAAUCCUUUAGUUCCAAAUUCAAAUAUGAGAGGCAUCUGGCUGUCCAUAUACAGCCAAAUAACUUUAGUUGUAAGUUUUGUCCAAGUACUUUCAACCGAAUUGAUCACCUGAAAAAUCAUCUACUGGUCCAUGAUGGCAACAGAGGGGAAUUCUCCUGCACAAUCUGUGGAAAGACCUACCUUUAUAAGACCAGCCUGACAUUCCACAUGGCCAAGCAUGAGGCGGAGGAAGGGGACUCUCUGACAUGUUUGGUGUGUGACACAAAGUUUGAAUCUAAGGAAGACUUGAAAGUACAUGUCAACACCCACAAUCGCUACAAAAAGGAGGCAGAGAGGCAGAAGAAACACUGCUGUGGCCUGUGCCAGAAGCUGUUCACAAGUGCCAAGGAAGUCCGGAGGCAUAUGCUCACCCACGACAAAGAAAG